AUGGCUGGGGAAGAGAGGUUGCUUCAAUUGGUUGAAUUGGAAGAAUUCCGGAGCGAGGCAUAUGAAAACGCCAACCUCUACAAGGAGCAGAUGAAAAGGUGGCACGAUAAAAAGCUAAUCAAGAAGGAACUAGGAGUUGGGGACAAGGUGUUGGUAUAUCGAUCCAGAUUGAAAUUGUUUCCUGAAAAGCUGAAAUCAAGAUGGGAAGGUCCUUAUGAGAUCACUGAAGCACUCCCCAAUGGAGCAUUUACCAUUGCUCAUGAGACAUCUGGAGCAACGUACAGAGUAAAUGGACACAGACUAAAAAAAUACAACAGGGGGACCAAUGAGUAUGAGGAGCUGACUUCUCAUCUCACUGACCCAGUUGAAGAGGCUACUUUUGGGGUUGCUCUUGAGCAACCUGAUCCCAAAGAUAGAAGACAAGGAGCAACCAUUACUUAG